AAUCGAAUAGUAGAGAUAAAGAGUGAUUCCCUGUUAUCCUCCCAUGGACACAUGUUGUCAGCGUCACAUAUGCGGAACUAAUAUGAGUAAGCUCACGGAUAUACGGAAUAUUUCGCAGACGGACGGAUCCUUCGGGGAAAUGUGUCCGCUCGCACUGCCACAGGAAUGGAUGAUAACACACCAGAUGAGGUCUUUGCCGAGCUCAAGUCAGGGCACCUCGGAGGAUGGGGUGUUGCUCAGAUAGCUGCUGGCACUGGGCUUGCUGUAUAUGCUAUGUGGGUGGGAAUCCUCCAACCAGGUUUCCGAAAAGUCCCUUUGAGACUGCAGGUCCCCUACAUACCAGCCAGCAAAGCUCAAGUAGAUAAUGUCAUGACACUGCUGAGAGGUCGAAAGGGAGGCCUUGUGGAUUUGGGAUCUGGUGAUGGCCGCAUUGUCUUGGAAGCCCAUCGGCAGGGCUUCACUCCUGCUGUUGGUUAUGAGCUCAACCCGUGGCUUGUUCGCCUCUCCCACUUUCAUGCAUGGAGAGCAGGCCAUCGUGGAAAAGUGUCGUACCGUCGGGAAGAUCUCUGGAAGGUCGACUUGACAGAAUGCAAGAAUGUCACAGUGUUUUUGGCUCCUAGCGUGCUUUCAUUGCUGCAGGAGAAGCUGCAAGCUGAGCUUCCUGAUGAUGCCUUAAUUGUGGCAGGACGUUUUCCCUUUCCUGACUGGAAACCCUGCAGGAUUGAGGGCCAGGGUGUGGAGAGAGCCUGGGCAUAUAACAUGCAAGCACAAAGACAGCACACUUUAAGGAAAAAUGACAAGCUCACAGUCAUGGAUAGCAACCCUGACAAUGAACUGACCAAGGAGAAAUGAUCCACUUGAAACUUUGUGAUGUCCCUGGUCUUCUGACCUACUUGAAUGGUAUCAUGGAAUUAUUAUAGUACAAGUUCUGUCUCUUUUACACUUUUUAAAGUAUUUUGUGGCUUUUAUGUUUUUAUUUGAUAGUGACAGUGGAGACAGACAAGAAAUGCAGGGAAAACGUGCAGGGGAAUGACAUGCAGCGAAUGGUUUGGCUGGUCGGGAGUUGUACCGGGGACCUGCUGCUCAGGACAUUCAUGCCCAUGUGGUGCACACCCUAAACAUUUGCCUGUCAGGGUGCCCCCAGUCUCUUCUACACUUUUAACAGAUUCUUAAAUCAUCAUCAUUUAUCAGCAAUGUCUUCAACCACUUUUGAACCAGAAAUUCCUGAGAAAGGAUCUCUGUUGGCAACAAAGGAAAACCACACCUUUGCCUCCAGAUACCUGUACAUUUUAUGGGAACUAUCUGCCUGGGGUGAACAAGCUUUUAGAUGCUGUAUCAUUUGCAGUUGUUUUUGUUGUGUUAACCAUAUGUCACAGAGUGCCUAGUAUCUCUUAGGUCUGCAUAUGAUUAGACAACUUCAGAAGAAAUUUUGUAUUCCACAGUGCAGUUUGUUUUGCACAGGUAGGAGGAACUAAACAAAUGCUUUGUGGGUGAUGGUCAGAGCCUGCUUAGAGCUGGGGAAAGCAAGUGUGGAAUGUGGCUCUUCAGGCUCUGGAAGUGGUUAUCAUUAUUAUUAUUAUUAUUAUUAUUAUUAUUAUUAUUAUUAUUUAAGUCAUAGUUGUAAACAGUCAUAGAUACUGUUCAUAAUAAAUCAUUAAAACAAAUGCUGAAUUACUAAUAUGGCCCUGGAGAGCUUUGGGGAUAAUCGGAAUGAGCUCUAUAUAACUAAUUACACUAAACUUGAUGGUGUAUAUCAGGAAAGGUGCAAUGUAGAGUGAAGAGAAAUAAAGUAUUCUAUUUA